GUAGCUAGCCAUCCGCCCUGGAGUAUAGAGUUGCGCUGGCAAGAGAUUGAGUACAUUGGAGGAACAUCUACGUCUACCACCAAAAAGGGAAAAAUCGGAGCUGUGAGAAUGGCGGUCGAAGAGGAAGGGCUCCGAAUUUUUCAGAGCGUCAAAAUAAAAAUAGGUGAAGCAAAAAAUAUUCCUCCAUAUCCUGGACCCAACAAAAUGAGGGACUGCUACUGCACUGUCAACCUCGACCAGGAGGAGGUGUUCCGGACUAAGAUCAUCGAGAAGUCCCUGAGUCCCUUCUACGGAGAAGACUUUUACUGUGAAAUCCCCCGGAGUUUCCGCCAUCUCUCCUUCUACCUCUUUGACAGGGACGUCUUCAGGAGGGACUCCAGCAUUGGUAAGGUGGCGGUGAAGAAGGAGGAUCUGCAGAAGUACCACGGUAAAGACACCUGGUUCCAGCUGCAGCACGUCAGCGCUGACUCAGAGGUGCAGGGGAAGGUACACCUGGAAAUGCGUCUGAGUGAGGUCAUCACAGACAGCGGUGCCAUCUGCCACAAGCUGGCCACACGAGUGCUAGAGUGCCAGGGGUUACCCAUUGUGAAUGGGCAGUGUGACCCUUACGCCACAGUCUCCCUGCUGGGACCCUCCAGGAAUGAGGCUAAAAAGACCAAGGUGAAGAGGAAAACCAACAACCCCCAGUUUGAGGAAGUCUUCUAUUUUGAGGUGACAAGGCCCCUGAGCUACACCAGACGGCAGUUUGAUGUAGAGGAGGAGGAUGUGGACAAGUUGGCACUCAGGGUGGACCUGUGGAACGCCAGUAACCUGAAGUUUGGGGAUGAGUUUCUGGGAGAGGUUCGGAUCCCACUGAAGGUGCUGGGUCAGUCUGGCAGCCAUGACGCAUGGUACUUCCUGCAGCCCAGGGAUAACGGCAGUAAGUCAGUGAAACUGGAUGAGCUGGGAUCCCUGCGCCUCAACAUUGUUUACACCGAAGACCACGUCUUCCCCUCCGAGUACUACAGCCCUCUGAGGGACCUGCUCCUCCGCUCAGCCAGUGUGGAGCCUGUCUCCGCCUCGACCGCCAACAUCCUCGGAGAGGUGUGCCGGGAGAAGCAGGAGGCCGCCAUACCACUGGUCCGUCUUUUCCUGCACUAUGGGAAAAUUGUGCCUUUUCUGAGCGCCAUUGCCAAUGCGGAGGUCAACAGGACGCAAGACCCCAACACCAUUUCGGGGAACUCCCUGACGUCCAAAUGCAUCGAUGAGACCAUGAAGCUAGCGGGCAUGCAUUAUCUACAGGUCACCCUCAAACCCAUCAUUGACGAGAUCUGUGCAGAACACAAGCCCUGUGAGAUUGACCCAGUGAAGCUAAAGGAGUCGGAGAAUCUGGAGACUAAUAGGGAGAAUCUUCGGCAGUAUGUGGAUCGGAUCUUUACUGUCAUCACCAAGUCUGGCGUUAGCUGCCCCACUGUCAUGUGUGACAUCUUCUUCUCCCUGAGGGAGUCUGCUGCUACACGUUUCCAAGUUGAUCAAGACGUCAGGUACACAGCUGUCAGCAGUUUCAUCUUCCUGCGUUUCUUUGCCCCCGCGAUCCUGUCACCUAAUCUUUUCCACCUGAGACCACACCACCCAGAUCCCUGUACCUCCCGAACCUUGACUCUCAUCUCCAAGACCAUACAGACCCUGGGGAGUCUCGCCAAAUCUAAAUCUGCCAAUUUCAAAGAGUCCUACAUGGCAGCGUUUUAUGACUACUUCAAUGAGCAGAAAUACGCAGAUGCGGUGAAAAAUUUCCUGGACCUGAUCUCGUCCUCCGGGCGGUGGGACCAAAAGAGUAUCGAGACGCCAAUCAUGCUGAAAGAAGGAUUCAUGAUCAAAAGGGCUCAGGGGAGAAAUCGCUUUGGACGUAAAAACUUCAAGAAGAGGUGGUUUCGUCUCACCAAUCACGAGUUUACCUAUCAUAAAACCAAAGGUGAGGCAGCUCUCUGCAGCAUCCCCAUUGAGAACAUCCUGGCAGUGGAGCGACUGGAGGAGGAGUCUUUCAAGAUGAAAAAUAUGUUCCAGGUAAUCCAGCCAGAGAGAGUGCUCUACAUCCAGGCCAAUAACUGCGUGGAGGCACGUGACUGGAUCGACAUCCUUACCAAAGUCAGCCAGUGCAACCGCAAACGCUUGAGCACCUACCAUCCCUCGGCCUACCUCAACAGUCACUGGCUGUGCUGCAAGCUCUCGGCCGACACUGCCCCUGGCUGCACACCCUGCACAGGCGGCCUGCCUGCGAACAUCCAGCUGGAUGUGGACGGAGACCGAGAGACAGAGAGGAUCUACUCCCUCUACAGCACCUACAUGUCCAAACUGGUGAAGAUGCAAGAGGCGUGUGGCAGUAAGUCGGUGUACGACGGGCCAGAGCAGGAGGAGUACUCCAGCUUCGUCAUCGACGACCCCCAGGAGACGUACAAGACGCUGAAGCUGAUCAUCUCGGCGGUGCAGUCGCUAGAGCAGGAGCACACUCAGUACAAGCGGGACAAGUUCAAGAAGACCAAAUACGGCAGCCAGGAACAUCCCAUUGGAGACAAGGGCUUCCAGUGCUACAUCCCACAACAGUCAGAGAGCUCGACAUAUUCCAUUUGACCACACCUGCAGUUGCCAAGGCACCGCCAGGGCCACCACGCUGCCAGCGACAUCCCAUAAUGGUUCUCGAAGAAGGGAAUUUUAUGUAGUGGACUGACCGUUUAACCCUUCAACAAGAACCCGAAGAAGUGAAGGAUGACAGAGAAGGAAGACAUUGUCAAACUAACUGGAGUUCUCUUGUAUGACGCGAAAGGACUAGUUUUCACCGGAUGUGACAGUGGCCCUGCACUUUAAUCAUCCUGAACUCCCGGAUGAUGUAAUUCUGCCUCGUGUCACAUUUUAAAUGUUGUUUUAUUAUGAUUUUUUUAAUCUGUUUGGAAGAUCAGUUAAAUGAUCUCUUAAAACUGUAUUUUAUGGAAAUGUUUUUAAUGUUAAUAUUUCCACUGUAUUUCAAAAGUCUCUGUAACUAAACUCCAGGUCCACAGAGACAAUGUUUCAUUCACCCAGUGUUACAGGAAGAAAGCUGUUCUUAAUUAAGUGGUGAAUGCCUGCAUUGAAGUUCUCACGUCUGUGAGAUCCUGGCAUUUUUUUUAUAGAUAAUUAGAUAAUUAGAUCCCUAUUGCACUCCAACAGUUUGUUUAUUUGUUUAAAAUCCCAUUUAAAAGAAAUCAGGGCUAUGGCUCACCUGUGUGUACUGUACAUUCACACAGGUGCUGCCCCACAAGCCUCUGGAGCCAAACUCACAAAACACACUGUCCCAUAGACAUUUCCUGUGUUCAUGAGGGUAAAGUCUGCACAAGACCUGUGCUGGUCUAUUGUUCUUUGUUUAUGCUUUCUGUAUGGACUGAAAGGGAAUGAGACAAGCAACCCCACACACAAAGGUGGUAUGCAGGACUGACCCACAGAACCUGUGAUAUAUAUAAAUAUAUCGCAUGAACUUGUUAUAUAUUUAUCAGAUGUUUCAAUAACAGAUGACUGCUUCUCUGCACCAGCGUCCUUGCACCUUCUGCAGGCAAAUUGUUGAUACAGUAUUUUUGUGUCCUUUCCCCUAAAAAAAAAAGUCUAUUUGUCUAUUGUAACCCUUGUGAUCAUUCCUUAAACCAUUUCUGCUGUGAAACAUUCUGGUCAAUACCCGGUGACCUAACAAUGGUACAUAGUGUGUAGCAGAGUGCCUCAUCACCCUGGGCACUGUGCUACAAAUGCACUUCUUUGUGUGAUACAAUUGUUAAAAACAGGCGGAAAGUGCUGACCUUUCUGUAAAGCAAUCCCCGUUCAAGCCUGUCAUGAGACUGCCACUGACAGAGUGGCCCAUGUACAUUACACUGCAUCUGAGAGACAACCAAUGAGAGCCAGAGAACCGCUGUGUCCACUGGGAAAACAAUCUGAUCGACCUCACUGGCUGACGAGCCGACACCUGGAACACAUCAAGGCUUGGUCUUUAUCCCUCAUCCUCCGACUUCUGUAUUUUACACAGUGAAAUAUUUCUGAUAAUUUUCUAUGCCGCUGUUUGUACUGAGAAAACAUUGAGCGCACACGCGUGUGCAAGAGCGCAAGUGUCGGUCAGUGGUCAUACGUGAAGCAGUGUGUCUACUGUAAGUGUCGCUGACUGAGUUUGUGAAUGAGCGCAUGCGAGUGUCUGAGUGAGUGCUGCACACGGUAUCAGAUCAGUGUUUUAAAAGAAAAAGACAGUUGUAGUUCGAGUGUGCUACUGGGUUACGGAACGGGGCAGUUUUUCAUAUGAACCGUGGAGACCGGAGCUCAACACCACGCCCUCAGCAUGCCACACUCGUGUUAGGGAGCUGCUACAACCUUACAGCAGCAUUCUAAGUCCCUUACUGUGUACAGUGUACUGCAAGUUACCUCUGUGCACAAUAUUUCCACUGCACUGUACCAAUGUUCCCGUGAGGUUGUGAUAGCUGUUGUUUGUGUUAACCCAUGCAGACAGUUUGUUAUAUGACACGUUGCCAGAAUAUUUUCUCUGUUGCUCAACCCGUUUUCCUUUUGAGGACCAUGUAAAAAAAGCAAUGCAUUUAUACUGUGUAGGCCCCCAUGAUGCACAUUAUGCAAUAACAAUCUCCAACCAUCAAUUUUACAGAUGUGCAAAAUUCUCUUUGCAAAUUUCGCGAUACCUGUAUUCGGCCACUCUAUGCGAGCCUGUGAUUGAAGCUCCCUGAGAACCUCCUCAAAAGGAAAACAUAUUCAGAAGUGAUUAUCCUUGUAUUUUAUAUAAAUAUAUCAAACGUACUGAGAGGCUUGUGAUAAAUGUACAGAAGUAUUGAUGAAAUUGUUGAUUAAAAAAAAACUCUUCUUGAGUUGCUAAAUGAAUGCGAUAUUAAUGCUA